CUAAUGAUGAAGAUGUCAAGAUCUGAAACCAAAUCCUAUGAGUGACGAUUGGACGCCAGGUGCCGUGUUACUUCAAAAAAUGACAGACUGUCUGCGAGAACCUGCUUUAUUUGUGGGAGAAAUUCAUGAUGAAUUUGACUUAUUAGUGCCUCCAGCAUCUGGAGAGGAAUACAUCAAACGUGUAGUGCUAGAAGCACAGCAGUGCGAUGAUGUAGUAGUAGCAGAAAUUUCAAACACACGCUUGAAGCCUCCUGUUGCAGCAGUUCACCCUUUAGCAGGAUGUGUGGAGGCUCCAUCAACUGUGACUCCGUCUCUAGACUGGCAACAGUGUCAGUUGGCCGACUUUUCUUCACUAAGAUUAGACAUUGCUCAGAUCAAAAAUGAAAUUUUGAAUUCAAAGCAACUUCGUCAAUCACUAAAUGCACAUUUGCCAGGUACAGAGGACCAAGAAGGUUGGCUACAUUAUUGUCUGAAUAAUCAACGACCGCUGCUGAGUUUAAUAUUGUCUAUGAACCAGCCUUUAGUUGAACAAGGCAUAGAAUUGUUAAUAGAAACCAUAGAGGAGAAGGGAUCAAUUGGGCAAGAGCAUGGGGAAUGGACUUACAGCUUGCUUGCUGCUCUUGAGUUGCCUUUGAACCCUGAGACUUGUUCGAGUUUACGCUCACUUGCUAGAGCAUGCUCAGUCAUUCGAGCCAAGACGGUAUUGAAAUGUACUCAGGCGGAAGACAACGCGCAAGAAAUCGCAGCCACAAAUCUGUUUAUCUGUCUGGUCGCAAGAUAUUUUCGACAAAUGGAUUUGGCGGAUCCUUGAUACACAAUGGUCUCCUAUGCAGAUAAAAAAAUUUUCUCAUAUUUGUAACGUAAUCAUAGAAUAAAUUUACGA